AUGGAGGGCGAGGGGGCAGGUACCCCAGGGAUGGGUACUGUGUCCACCCAAGGGGGGCAGAGCUCCUCACCGAGUGCUGCUGAAAAUGACUUGGACCCUGAUGAGGAGCCUCUUCUCAGAAAAAAUCACCGUCGGUUCGUCAUCUUCCCCAUCCAGUACCCAGACAUAUGGAAGAUGUAUAAGCAAGCUCAGGCCUCCUUUUGGACAGCAGAAGAGGUUGAUUUGUCAAAGGACCUUCCUCACUGGGACAAGCUGAAAGCAGAUGAAAAAUACUUUAUCUCUCAUGUUCUGGCAUUUUUUGCAGCCAGUGAUGGAAUUGUAAAUGAAAACCUGGUUGCACGUUUUAGUCAGGAGGUGCAGAUCCCAGAAGCUCGUUGUUUCUAUGGCUUUCAGAUUCUCAUUGAGAAUGUUCACUCAGAGAUGUACAGCUUGCUCAUAGACACCUACAUCAAAGAUCCUGAGAAAAGGGAUUUCUUAUUUAAUGCUAUUGAAACAAUGCCUUGUGUCAAGAAGAAAGCAGACUGGGCUCUCAAGUGGGUCGAGGACCGAGAAUCCACUUUUGGUGAGAGAGUGGUUGCCUUUGCUGCAGUGGAAGGCAUCUUCUUCUCGGGUUCCUUUGCUGCUAUAUUUUGGCUGAAGAAGAGGGGCCUAAUGCCUGGACUGACUUUCUCCAAUGAACUUAUUAGCAGAGAUGAGGGUCUACACUGUGAUUUUGCUUGUCUAAUGUUCCAUUAUUUAGUGAACAGACCAUCAGAAGAGCGAGUCCGUGAGAUCAUUGUUAAUGCUGUUGAAAUAGAGCAGGAGUUUCUAACGGAGGCAUUACCUGUAGGUCUGAUUGGAAUGAAUUGCACCUUGAUGAAACAAUACAUUGAAUUUGUUGCAGACCGGUUGCUAAUGGAGCUUGGGUUCUCAAAGGUCUUUCAUGCAGAAAAUCCUUUUGAUUUCAUGGAGAAUAUUUCUCUGGAAGGAAAAACAAAUUUCUUUGAGAAGAGGGUUUCGGAGUACCAACGUUUUGCUGUGAUGUCAGAAUCAAUGGACAAUGUCUUCACUUUGGAUGCAGAUUUUUGACAAAUUGGCAAAUGAAUGGUGACUGUUUCCCUUUUGUCAUCUCCCUUUCUGCUGUGAAAUUGACUUAAUUUCCCCACCUGCAGUCAGAGUCUACUGUGAUUUUUUUUUCUUGGGUUUUCAUGUUGUUUGUCAGAGAAGUAAAUACAUUUCUCUUUGUCUCAUCUAAAAAAAAAA